AUGAAUCCACGUGUUUGGAGCAAAGGUAUGUAUUCCUCCAGCAGCAUUCACCUUGACGGCUGUACUGAAGAUCAUCUCUCCUCUGUUCAACCAGACCCCAUGCUGUCAAAUUCAGAUGUGUCAGGUGUUUCUGUGUCUUCACACAAAGACAGACGAGACAUAAAAAUACUACCAGAUAGUUCUUACUACAGCAGCAGUGAUGCUGGUUCAAGUUUGACCUCUUCCAGCCAGCUGGAGCUCAGUCCGUCCAGAAACAGCUUCACUGGACAUCUACCCACGAGAAAGCACUCGUCUCCUGCAUCCAGUUCUUGCAGUCACCAUGAAUGGAGCUUAAACAGCGGCCAUCAAGCAAAGCGUGCCAGAGUAGAAAACAUCAUCAAAGGCAUGACCAGCUAUCCUGGUAUGCACUGCACAGAUGUGAGGAUGAAUCAGGAGUCAGACGGCAUGCAGGAGAGUGAAAAGAUUCAAGAUCAGGAGCUCAUGGUGACAAGGAAGCAGCUUGAGGUGCAACAUCACCUUAGACAACUCAGUACUGGAGUAACCAACACAACAGACAGCAGUAAGGACGAGAAAUAUCCCACCCAGAACGAUUCUUCUGAAACAUCUCCAUUUACAGAUUCAUUAAGUGAGUCUGAAGGCAGAUCAAGAAAAUAUCAAGGAUGGAAGAAGGUGAAGCUGAUGAACUACUUCCAAUCCAAACCUGAGCGGAUAAAGCUGAUGGCAGAUGUUUUGAAGUACGAACUGUCCAGAGCUGUCAGUAGGAGUGUUGACUCUAUUUUCAAAAGCAUGCCGAUCCUACACACAUCGCCAAUUGACGAGGGAAACAUAGAGACUGGUUCACCUCCUAACUCAUCAGCUGGUAAAGAUGAUAAAUUAUCCUGUUGUGUGAAUGCAGAAAUGCAAGUGCCAGAUGUUCAGACAGAAGCUCUGUCUCUGGUGGUGCAAAAGCCCCGACUGGAAAGAGCUGACAAGUUGAUCUUCCAGUCCAGAUCAAGAGCUCGUCCCAAACUUCCGGUCCCCUUCGGCUGUGACUCCGCUCUGCGUGAAGAUCAAACGUCUGAGAGGAAUCACAACACUGCCCGUCAUCAUGCCCUCAGGUGCUUACAUGUUGAAUGCUCUGAGGUUGCAAAGUUCGACACACGUUGGAAUUCGGUCAAGGUGAGAUCGAAGGUCAACUCCAGAUCCACUGUGUCGGUGGAUCCCAUCCUGUUGGAGAGCCUGUGUCUCCCUCAUGUCAAGAUUGAAUCAGAUUGCCUGGUUAAAAACAAGCUGUACAUGAUGAAUGAGGGUCUGACCACUAACCAUCUGAAGAAAGCGAAGCUUAUGUUUUUCUACACUCGCUACCCGAGCUCGCUGGUGCUGAAGAUGUGUUUCCAUGAGGUUCAGGUGAGAAAAUACAUGCAAUACAUGUUGAGCAUGGGUGCAAUUCUUUUACACAUUUGUGUCAGUCUAAUAUGUUAUAUUUACAAAACAUGACUUAAUUUUACUGUAAAAAUACAGGUGGAUAGCAUUCACCACUAUU